CAGCACUCAGCUGCCAAACCCCAGAAAGAUAGAAGAAGAAACAAGGAGCGGUUUAACCCGGUCCACAUCCGUCUGACGUCACCGCCAACCGAGCCGACCCGGAGGUCAUGGCGAGAUCAGAGCAUGAUGUCAUCGACUUCUCGGUGUUGGAGAACGAGCUGCAGGCGGCGGUCCAGUCUGAGCGGCGCCACCAGAGAGAGAACCAGGCGAAACUGAGAGCCGUCAGCCAGGGAGUCUCCUACAGUCAGUUCAGGGACCUGGUCUUGAGCUGCCACCUGAACCCUCUGGGGAAGAACGAUAAAGACGGAGCUCCUCGGAAACAGCCCUGGAACCCGGUCGCCCCGAGCAACCAGUGAUGAAGUUUAUCUUACUGUGAUUAUAUUAAAACUUAAAUAUAAAGAAACAUAAUCUUUCAGUUUUCAUUAUUAUUCUUUCAUUUAAAGUACAGCUGAAAAAUAAAUAAAUAUGAAUCUGAUCUACAAAAAAAUCUGAAGCUGUUGGUUACAGUAAGGAAUACACUGGAUUAUUAGCAGUGGUGGCUGGCCAAUAGAGGGCCACGGGGCCUGGCCCCACCCACCUUGAGCCAAAAAAGUAUACAAAAAUUAUAUAUAUAUUAAUUAUAUUUAUAAAUUAUACAAGUUGUCAAUAUUUGUGUUUUGGAAAUAUGGAAUAUACCCAGUAAUAUUUGUAAAAUAGGAUAUCUGUGCAAAAUAUAUGGUUUUCCUGCACAUCCUC